CCGGGGGCGGCGGGCGAGGGCGCGCAGGCGGCCGGCGGCGAGCGGGAGGCGGCGGUGCUGAUGGUGCUGGACCUGUGCGCGGUCAGCAACGUGGCCCUGUCGCGGAUCCUCCGGCAGCUCUCCGACGUGGCCCGGCACGCCUGCACCCUCUUCCAAGAGGUCGAGGCUGACAUCCAGGGCACCCACCGCCGCGUCCGGGCGCUGCACGGCCGCAUCGCCGGCCUCCAGGGGGCCGUGCGCGGCCUCGACCCCAAGCAGGAGGCAGUGCCCGUCUCCAACCUGGAUGCAGAGAGCAAACUGAGUGUCUAUUACCGGGCACCUUGGCAUCAGCAAAGAAAUAUCUUCCUCCCCUCCACCAGACCACCGUGUGUGGAGGAGCUGCACCACCACGCCAAGCAGCACCUGCGAGCCCUGCGCAGAGAACAUCGAAGCCGAGUUGAUAACAGAGAGCAAAAAGUCCAAGGGCCCAUCUCUGUGGUGGCUCCUCCCUUUCCUCCCUUCCCUGCAGUCUGCAGUCAAAAGAGGCAAGCGAUAAAGGACCGGCACUUUCUACCAUUUAACAGCACCCGUUCGCCCUCCCCAGUUGAGUGUUGCCACAUGACCCCAUGGAGUAGAAAGUCCCAUCCACCAGAGGACGAAGAUACAGAUGUCAUGUUAGGGCAGAGGCCGAAAAAUCCAAUACAUAAUAUCCCUUCUACACUGGAUAAACAAACCAAUUGGAGUAAAGCACUACCUCUCCCAACUCCAGAGGAGAAAAUGAAACAAGAUGCCCAAGUGAUUUCUUCUUGCAUUAUCCCCAUCAAUGUCACUGGAGUUGGUUUUGACAGAGAGGCUAGUAUACGCUGCUCUCUUGUUCACUCACAAUCUGUACUACAGCGGAGACGAAAGUUGAGGAGGAGGAAAACCAUCUCUGGCAUCCCCAGAAGAGUGCAACAAGAAAUAGAUUCGGACGAGUCGCCAGUAGCAAGGGAGCGCAAUGUGAUUGUGCACACCAACCCAGACUUCUCCAGUGCCAGCAGCCGGCGGUCAGGGACCAGGGACUCGGAGUGCCAGACAGAAGAAAUCCUGAUAGCCGCACCCUCCCGGCGCCGCAUCCGCGCACAGAGGGGGCAGAGUGUGGUCGCCUCCCUCUCGCACUCCGCUGGCAACAUUUUGGUGCUGGCGGACAACGGGGAUGCCGUCUUCGCUGCCGCUGUCAGCAACCGCAUCCGCUCGCGGAGCCUCCCUCGUGAGGGAGCAAGAGCCAGCGAGGGCGACACAGCUGCCACUGCCAAGAGUUCGGCGUAUGAAGCGGAGUGCUUCCUAGCCAGCCAGGAGAGGCACCCAAUAAAAGGGAAGGAGGUCCUGAGCAAACAGGGUUCACAAGAGCACCAGCCCCUGGGUUUAACUUGUCCUCAGCACCUGCACAGCCCUGAACACAGCAUCGGUGAGAGAGGGAGGUCACGAUUGUCGAGGAUGGCAGAUUCGGGAAGCUGCGAGAUUUCAUCCAACUCAGACACUUUUGGGAGCCCCAUUCACUCCAUCUCCACAGCAGGAGUCCUGCUUAGCAGCCACAUGGACCAGAAGGACGAUCACCAGUCCUCCAGCGGCAACUGGAGUGGGAGCAGCUCCACAUGUCCCUCUCAGACAUCCGAAACCAUUCCUCCUGCCGCCUCUCCACCGCUGACUGGCUCCUCGCACUGUGACUCUGAGCUGUCCCUCAACACCGCUCCCAACGCCAAUGAGGACUCGAGCGUCUUCAUCACAGAGCAGUAUGGUGACCACGUGGACAAGGUCAGAGGCCAUAGGGCGAGCUCCUUCACCUCCACUGUGGCAGAUCUACUCGAUGACCCCAACAACAGCAACACAAGUGACAGUGAGUGGAACUACUUGCACCACCACCAUGAUGCAUCCUGUCGCCAGGACUUCAGCCCCGAGCGCACCAAGGCUGACAGCCUGGGAUGCCCGAGCUUCACGAGCAUGGGCACAUAUGACAGCUUCCUAGAGAAGAGCCCCUCUGACAAGGCAGACACUAGCUCACACUUCUCUGUGGAUACUGAAGGAUACUAUACCUCCAUGCACUUUGACUGCGGUCUCAAGGGCAACAAGAGCUAUAUUUGCAACUAUGCAGCUGCAGGCUCCGAGAGCGGACAGAUGGCAAGCGUGACCUCCAGCCUGGCCGACUGCACCUGGCAGGAAUGCAUCAGUCACAGAAGGCAGGGACGGCAGGGCAUCUCUCUGAAGAAACCAAAGGCAAAGCCAGCUCCACCAAAACGCAGCUCAUCUUUGAGGAAAUCUGAGGGCAGCGUGGAUCUUCCCGAGAAGAAAGAACCAAAGAUUAGCAGUGGCCAGCAUGUGUCGCACACUGCCAGGGAAAUGAAGCUGCCACUUGAGUUUUCCAACACACCUUCCAGAGCGGAGGCCUCUAGCCUGCCACCCAAACCCGAGCUGCCCUGGGUGAGCCAGAGUGAAGGCGGCAUGAAGGACGCUCAGUUUGAUACGGCCGACAUGCCGUCCUUCAAAGACGAAGGUGCUGAACAACCUCACUAUGCAGACCUCUGGCUCCUGAACGACUUGAAAUCUGGUGAUCCUUACAGGUCUUUAUCCAAUUCGAGCACUGCUACGGGUACCACAGUCAUAGAGUGCAUCAAGUCACCAGAGAGCUCUGAGUCCCAAACAUCCCAGUCCGGGUCACGGGCCACCACCCCAUCCCUCCCUUCCGUCGACAGCGAGUUUAAACUGGCCUCCCCAGAAAAGCUGGCGGGGCUGGCCUCGCCUUCCAGCGGGUACUCGAGCCAGUCGGAGACACCGACCUCCUCCUUCCCAACCGCUUUCUUCUCCGGACCGCUGUCCCCAGGGGGCAGCAAGAGGAAGCCGAAAGUACCGGAGAGGAAGUCCUCGCUGCAACAGCCGCUCUCUAAAGAUGGCACCAUGUCUGCAAGCAAAGACCUCGAACUCCCGAUUAUACCUCCGACCCAUCUCGACCUAAGUGCUCUUCACAGCGUCUUGAAUAAACCGUUCACUCACCGGCACCAGCUGCAUGCCUUCAACCCCAGCAAGCAGAGCGCAGUGGGGGAAGCCCUCAGCCCCAGCCAUCCCUCUGCCCUCGCCAUCACCCCCUCCGUCCUCAAGUCCGUGCACCUCAGGGCCAUCAACAGGCCUGAAGAAGUGAAGCAGAAGGGCAGCAUCCCGGACUUGCUGUGCAUCCAAGAGCCCACACUGGUGGCUAGUGAUGUUUCGCCAGGGAAAAUGAGGCCACUCCUAACCAAGAAGCCAGUGUCACGGCAGUUCUCCACUGAGGAGGCCAUCAUGUCAUAUAUCGACUCUUCCCCAGCAGAAAUGGGCCCUGGGAAGCCGUCUUUAGAAAAAAGCUCCUCUUUCAGCGGACAGAGUAAUUGCGAGCAGGAAAUUGUACCUUCAGCGGGUGAGGCUCUGAUUGAAAUGAAAACUGUGAAGGACCAAAUAACCCCAGCUGCUGAGCAUUUGCCAGACAGUGCUCUAAAUCAGACUUGUGCAGCUUCUACAGAAGGAUUUCAGAAAGGCUCAGCUCUCCUCACAGGUGAUCAUGAAGCAGAGAAAGCAAACAAGGGAGCAGAACCGGAGAGCCGCCUCGAGCAUGCGCAGGCCCAGCUGGAGCUUUGUGGCAGUGAGCAGCAGCUGGAGCUCAGCGUGGUGGGUGACGGCCCUGCUCAGGCAGAGGGAGCAGAUGUCAGUGAUCAGCUUAAGCACCAACUCGAUUUAAGCCACCACGUGCCUGGGAAUAUCAGCUACGAAUCAGAGACGGCAGCAGUGAACUUGCUCAGUGAAGCCAGUUGCAAGCAGGAGAACAUCGCAUCAGGUAUUCCUACCAGAAGUGCCUCUGGUACCAGCGGGGCAGAUGAGACAGCGGGUGGAACAGAAGCGCCAUCGCUGAAAGAGUCUUCUCCAAGCGACGACUCCAUCAUGUCCCCACUGAGUGAAGACUCUCAGGCUGAAGCUGAGGACGUUUUUGUGUCUCCCAACAAACCUCGCACUACUGAGGACUUGUUUGCAGUCAUUCACAGAUCAAAAAGGAAAGUUCUUGGGAGAAAGGACUCCGGAGACCUGUCUGUAAGGAACAGACUGAGAGCUUCCUCUGGGACUAGCAUCCAGCCGCCUGCCAGCAGCACGUUGCCCGCCAGCAGCGCAUCACCCGCCAGCAGCACAGGUGCUCCCAUGAGCAGUCAGAGGUCCCCAGGGCUGAUAUACAGGAAUGCCAAGAAGUCCAACACAUCUAAUGAGGAGUUUAAACUACUACUCCUUAAAAAGGGCAGUCGGUCUGAUUCUAGCUACAGGAUGUCCGCCACGGAAAUCCUGAAAAGCCCUAUUCUGCCCAAGUCUCCUGGAGAGCUGACAGCGGAUGCUUCCCAAAGCCAGGACGAGGGUCCCCCGGUGACAAGCCCCGAUGCAUCAUCCCCGCUGUCCCCCUGCUCACCGAGGGUCAACGCGGAAGGUUUCUCCUCCAAGAGCUUUCCCAUGUCGGCAUCUUCACGAGUGGGGCGCUCGCGGGCGCCGCCAGCUGCCAGCAGCAGCCGGUACAGCGUGCGCUGCCGGCUGUACAAUACGCCGAUGCAGGCCAUCUCGGAGGGGGAGACUGAGAACUCAGAUGGCAGCCCCCACGAUGACCGCUCUUCUCAGAGCUCAACAUAGGCUGCCAGGGACUGCUGACACCAUGCAAGCUGCGUAAGGAUGUGAAUAGAAGAGGCCAAUGCUGUAGCAGUCAAAACAAUAAUUGCAGGGCAAUAUCAAUGCUUAACUGUGUUUGUGUUCGUAGGACGCUGGGGAAACAGAGGACUAUGGCUGUAGCUAUUUAUGACCUUACAUUUUCUAAAAGUAGAAAGAUAGACUAUGUCUAUUCUGUUUUCCUUUAGCUUCAUUUGGAUUAUCCCGCUCAUUUCUGUUGUCACUGUAUAUUUCAAGGCUAUACACUUUUCAUAGAGUUCAGAGUGACUUUUGUGUUGGUUUUUUUUUUGUUUGUUUUUUGUUUUUUCCCAGAAGCUGCCCAUCUAGAAACAAAUUCCUCACUGUAGUGCUUCCCUAGGGAGACAAAUAAAAAAGCAAAUGCUCUUGAGGAUUGGUAUUUUUCUACACUAAAAGGAGCUGAAACAAAAUUUAGAAGAAAUUAACAAAACAUAUGUAAAUACCAUAUUUUUGAUAAAAAUUUGUAAAUAGAACAAUCAAAAAGUGGACAUGUGGCAAACAAUUUCCUGCAUAACAACUCUGUUUAUAGCAGACAAGAGGAGUCAAAUGUAAUAACUGUAUUCUGUGAAUACCACUUUCAUAUCAAACCUAAGUUCACAUGGCCACCAGUAACCAUUUUCGGUGCCAUAAGCCUCAAAGAAGACAGUUAGCAGUCGCAAGGAAUUCUCCACCUCAGCUAACGAAUCGUACCAGCUGACUGAGAUGGGACUGAUGCAACCAUUUGUCUUUCUAGCAUAGCCCCAACAAGCUAACUGAGAAGUGCAGCUGUGAGUUUGAGCGCGACCGUCGGUUGGGAAGGCAGGCGUGCUUCUGACAGAACAAAGUCAUUCCUCAAAGCCCCAAACGGUCCCAUCUGAUGGUGCCCCCAGGCCUUCGUGCUAACAGGGAAUGCUUUAGCAAGAAUAGAUGCAAGGAAAUUGUACUUACUUUCAUAUUCCUUUUAGGCUAUUGGGAUACAUAACGCAGUUGUAACCUGGUAACGAUAAUCUUUAAACACAAUUAGUUUCUGAUUCUUAAGGGAAACAAAUAAAUGAUAAGCAUGCAACAAGCGCUUUCAAUUUAUCAGUAAAUAUCUGCGAUGAGUUUUCAGUGAAGCUUUCUCUUUGUGCUGAUGAGAUUCAUGCUACCUAAAUAUUUACCAAAAUGACACUGUGAAAACGUAGCUGGGAAAUAGGUAUGUGUAUGCAUUAUUUAUGUUCAUUGCGAAACCAUGAAGGGGAAAGCUCUGGUUUCUUGUGCCAGCCACAGACGUUUGGGUUCCGUCUGGGUUCCCCAGAGGUGUGCAGCAGGGUGGGGGAUUGGAACAGGCUGGGAGAGGAGACAAAUCAAAGCGAAUGCUUUGAUACAAAUGAAGGCAGGGAAAUAAAAGCUUAAUUACUUGAAGUUACUUGAAUUUUCUUGUCUUAAAACGGAAAGGAUGCGUACUUUUAAGCUCAGCCCACAAGUUCCUUUAUACUUUUAAUUUUUAAAUGAAAUAAAACCAGUUGUUGGUCUGAUUCUCCUUUGGGCCACCACUGUUUUCACGGUGUAGCCCGACCACGCUGCUCAGAGAACAAGGCCCUCUUUGUCCAAAAUGUGUGCAGUUGGUGUCGUUUGCUGUAGGAUAUGCUUGGGAGUAGAGGAAUAGAAGGGACAUUAGUGCGGAGAAAUAAUGCAAGAAGAAAGGUGGUGCGCAGUAGGACAGAUUGAACGGAACAGCAGAAAGAGCGUACUUAGAUCCUAAAGAAAUCAACUCAAAGCUGGCUUUAAGCAUAAGUGAAUGAAUGGGAAGUGGGAUGUGUGAAAUGGGUUUUUCCUUUUUUUUUUUUUUUUUUUUGCUUUUAAUCACAUAAUGCAUAAAGCUGAGAGUUUUUAAAGCGGGCAGGUCGUGUUUUGAAGAGGAAGGUUCUUAGGAUUUUAAGAGAGUUUGAGCAAGUCAGAGGGGUUUAACAAAUCCUCAGAGUUAUUUCCCAUAAGGUUUAUGUCUCAUUUUGUCUAGCAUACACUACAAAAUCUGUAAUUCAGGGUAUCCUGCCGUCCUCCUGUGUCGUCUGCUUGUGUGCAGUAUGAGGUUGAAUCACUAUGCAUGUGGUGCGUGUGUUGAGAGGAGGGGUGGUAAAUCAGCUACAGGGCUUCAAAAUUGGGAAGUCUGAAACAGUUUUAAUAAGAGCAGGUGGAGCAAGGUUCUGGAAAUAAAUGGCUAGUUGUAUCAGUAGCUUAGUUAAGAAAAGGAGCCGAAACACAAGUAAAACGAGUGAAUGUUUGAAGGAUUUGCUUAGUGUAUAACAAAACACUUCCUGGAAAACAUGAGGAAGCUUAGAUCUUGGGAGAAAAUCCUUAGUUUGUCAUCGUAAGUCAUUUUGCAUGGAAGUUUUACCCGGAGCACUUUUAUAAACAUGUUUGUCCUUAAAGGCACCACGUAUGUUUAAAGAAUCAUUCAAAACCGUAAAGAGAACACAGCUGAACUGACAUCGGUGAUACCACUUUUUAUUGCUGAUCUACAGUUUCGUAGGUGCCAUAAUAUACAGACACUAAAAAGGGCUGGAAUUGUGAGGCAGUACUUCACAUCCAAAAAGGCCAGAGAGCAGGAACACUGGAGGACAAGCUGUAGAGGGGAACAUCGUGCAUCUUGAAACAGGGUACAGCACAUGCAUUAGGCAACCAGUGAACCAUCAUUUCAACCUAUGUUCUGUUGUUUGCACUGAUGUUGAGGAAGUUACACAGCUGUAUGUUCCGAAAAGUAAUAUUUACCCCUUUUUCUUCUUUUUCUUUUUUUUCUUGUGGCAGCAUAGAGGAGAUGGAAUAGUUGUAGCAAAUAAAGCAUAUAUGUGCUUUUGCCAAAGGUCAGUGAUGGAGUGCAUUUGCUGC